AUGUCAGAGCCAAUCGACCGCUGCGUUCGUUUUGAUGUACCUAUGGACACCGAUGAUGAAUCCCAAUCAUCUCACGUCGGCGAUACACCCAAAUGCCUGCAGUAUCCCCAACCCACAUUUAACUUCGGGUUCAACAUGAAUACACAGGCGGAACCCGCUCAACCUGCAUCGGCGCCCAAGUCAUUAAACUUUGGCUGGAUGCAGCCUGCGGCGUCUCCAGACCGUACCGCGCCAGCAACAACACCAUUCAACUUUGGCAUGGGUGCACCUGUCACAUUGCCGUCAACAGCAUCCACCCCUCCAACGCCGCAACCAAAGCCAAUCAAUUUUGGCUGGGACUGCCUUCCUCCUCCGGCGUCGCCUAUGCAAGCAUCGUCAACGGCAUCCACCCCUACAACGCCGCGACCACAGCCAAUCAAUUUUGGCUGGGACUGCCUUCCUCCCCCCGGCGUCGCCUAUGCAAGUUCCGCCCACAACAGCAACAGUCGACCCACCGACACCACCCCUCACACAAUUGAAUUUUGGCUGGACUGGGAAAGCCUCAUCCAAGGAAGCACCUCAGCACGUUGGCUAUGA